UCGGUAAAUGAUAUACCGAUACAAUAUUAGAAUCGGUUAAUUAUUAACCGAUAUUGUUCUUCGUGUUCUGGGUAAUGGGAUGAAGGUGUUCAUACUGAGGAACAAUAACGGUAAAUGAUUUACCGAUUGGUAUUUUGACAUCGGCAAAUCAUUUACCGAUGGGUAGUUUUGGAAUAAAAAAAAAAUGCUGGGGCGCGUAGCCUAAAGGGUGGGGUGCCAAACCCAAAUCCCCUACUGGACGGGUUUCUUCUCCAUUCUCCUUCCAAGCCACGCACAUACGAAAGAAUCCUAGGAGAAGAAGAAGCCAUCGCCGCCGUCGGAGUGGUCACCACCGCCUCUGGAAGUCCUUACUGUGCUUGAACUGAGAGAAAUGAGAUUCAUAGGAGCACUGAGGAACAUUGUUCGUCCUCUGUCUCUCUCAUCACCAAGAACCUUACCUUCACAAAUCUGCACCAAUCCUACUACGACUGCAUUGUUGGAAUCUCCUUGCAAAUUGCCCCAAUGGCUUUUCCCUCUUCGGAAUCACUUCCAUAGCUUGACGGACACUCGCUUCCCGAAGAGACGACCCUCUGAUAAACCCCGUCGAAAGAGGGCUAGUUUGAGACCCCCUGGGCCUUAUGCUUGGGUUCAAUACACACCUGGUGAGCCUAUACUUCCAAAUAAGCCAAAUGAAGGGAGUGUCAAGCGAAGGAAUGAGAAGAAACGCGUGAGGCAGCACCGAGCCUUUGUAUUGGCGGAGAGGAAGAAAAGGAAAGCUCAGCUGCAAGAGGCUAACCGGAAGAAAAGCAUUAAGAAGGUAGAGCGUAAAAUGGCUGCAGUUGCAAGGGAAAGAGAGUGGGCAGAGAGGCUGGCUGAAUUGCAACGACUUGAGAAAGAGAAGAAAAAUUCUAUUGCUUAAUUUUGUUUAGGACCUCUUCUACAAUUGGUAAUACCAUUUUAGUUUUUCAAGUGUUAGUACUUUGAACUAAUCACAAUUCUUAUAUUUUCAAUAUGUUCAAUGUUGUCUGUUA